AUGGUUACAGUGACGCGCGCAGCGGGGGGAACCAUGUCACAGCCAGGACCUUCAAAGCGAAGGACUCUGUUCGGCAUUGGGCGCAAGAGCGCCUCCAAUGAUGCUUCGGAGCACUCUUGGCCCAGCGAUGAUCCACAUCGGGCCGCUCCGGCCGCUCCGGAGCAGCCGCGGGUCAGCUCACCGCCUCCUCAAAAGCUCCCACCUCUCUCAUUUGGCUCAGCAGCUUCGGACCUGCCCAGCACUAGUAGCGGCAGAGACUAUUGGAGCACAGGGCAAAGCACUAAUCGUGAGCCAGCCUCGCCCAAGUACGCCGCUUCUGCCAUACCCGCUCGGCCUCCUCGUUCUGAGUCACCCAGCUCCGCGGCUCGACCUAGCGGGGCUCCCGCUGGGUCAGAUACGCGGAGUGCCAUGCCUGCGGCGCAAGCUGAGGCCAUCUACACCGCUGUAGAGCUACCCACGAACUUCACGGAUCCGUUUCGCGGAGGCGGGGUUGAGAUUGGAGUCGAGCCUUACAUUGGAGCUUCAGGGCUCAGAACUUCGCGAAGCGCCUCGGAGGAUGCAACUGGUAUUUCAAGAGUCACAGGAUCGCAACACGUCCACGACGCCGCGGUCGUGGAGCUGAGCGGUCUGCCUGCCCCAGGUGGCCGCCCUCGGCAAGAUAGCGCUCCUGCGGCAGGCGUUAGGCACCUACGGGCUCGUAGUCAUUUCAGCAUUCCAGACGUCGUUGUGACAUCGUGCGAGGAAGAAGGCGAACAGCAACACUUUGAGGUCAAAGUGCCGAUCGCCAAACGUCGCAGCUUUGUCAUAGCACAGCCAAAGGAUCAAAUCAGUCCCGCGUCUCCAACGCGACCAAAGCCAAGUAGUCCCAAGCGAGUUCAACCGCCUCGAACCCGGACAGAACCUCUGAUCAAGCUAGACCUCGAUAUUGCCCACCUGACGAGCAAGGACGGUGCGAUGUCCGGCUCGCCGACUGCUGCGGUAGGACCCACACACAGUCUGCCUUCUAAAGUAUCUUCGUCAUCUGGAGAAGUCAAACGCGCCAGAAAGGUGUCUCUUCCACUGCUGUGGGGCGGAGGCAGCAAGAAGACAGAGGAAGAUGGCAAAGGCGUGUACGAGCAGCCAUCGCCUCCUUCAUCUGCUGGAAGCGUAGCUACUCUGCCAGGUGCUUCGCGCUUCUCCGUUCCUACAAAAUCCAUCAUGAGCAAGAAAGAGGCUCGGGCGAAAGCAAAAGAGGAGCAGUCUUUGAUGAAAGAGCUGGAAAAGGUGGACAAGAUGGUCAGAGAGCACGACAGAAAAAUGCAAAAGGAGAUGGCAAAAGCCAAAAAUAGAGAGAGAAAGAGUGCUUCGGAGUCUGGCGGAAAUGCGAUUGAAGGCGCGAGCGCCACAAGCAGAGCGUUUCGAAGGCUGACCAUCUUCAGCGCUUCAUCGAAGGCAAGGCCGACGCCACCCCCACCUGUGCCCCCUCCCUCAGGCACACACUUGGGCAGUCAUGAGUCUCUUGCACGCAGAUCUAGCCGGAGAAUGCAGGCCGCGUCUCGACCUAUUGCACGCCAGGAAGCAUCAGCAGUGAUCCGGGAUUCUGAGCUGGUUGAGCCAAAUUCACAUCCCGGAGCUCCUCUUAGACAAGACUCGUCAGAUUGGACAGAUGAUAUCCAAAAUGAUCACCCAGUGGGUCCGCCUCAAGCUGUGCGGCCAAGUUCCUCUUCCUCUUCCAUACAGCGUGCCUUGGCUAUGAGUGAUGUAGAGUCGCAGAUGCUUCGCAAGAAGGCAUCCCUACGCCGGCGUCCGUCUCAGCAACGAGCGGAGUCUCGACGAUCAAGUAGGGUGGUCGAGUCGGAAUGGACGGAUGAGAUCACUGUUCAAGGUGAUGGGCAAGUGACGCCACGGCCAGGAUACGCGACCCCCCGACCUCGUGCAGCAAGUCCAGCUACACCGACAAUUCUUGCCACAAACACGGCCGCUGCGGCGCGCCGAACUUCAACGAAACCAGAGCGACCGCCUCGCCGCUCUCCUUCGCCAGAGCAAAUACGAGCCAGUGCCGCUUCUCCGAUCUCCUUUUCGCGACCCUUUCGUCAAAGCAGCGUCAUAAGCUCGGAUGACGAUGGCUUCUCCUCCGCUUCCACCACCGCCCCUCCCACUCCUACCUCUACGGAUCAGACUGGCGCCGGCAUUGCCAAGUCUAGAUCACCGCCCGCUAACCCAAAUGGGUUCGCUUUCCCCGCUCGCGCAGGCAGGUCCGGUACGCUGCCGUCCAUUCAUUCUCCACAGCAUGAUGCUCGAGAUCCUCUUGCUAGGAGCACUAGCGAUCCCCAAUUGUAA